AUUGUAUUCACGGUGCGGAGAGCACCAGUCAAGCGAAGUUGGAAUCAUCGAUUUCCUUGAUUUAACAUUCGGAUUAAGCAACACACACUGGAGGAGGAAGCGAUAAAGAUCGAGAUUAAAGCGCUGUCACUGUGAAUUUGGACGAACGCCAUGGCUCCAACUUUGUCAAUAAUGGAUACAAACACAAACGGCACGAUGAACGGUAGUGAUCAUACGUCUGUCCAAAUGUGCACCCACCCGGCGCCGUUCAGCGCAACCGAGUUCAGCCCAGUGCUCCUCGCCCACUGCUACAUUCUCGGUACAAUAUUCAACCUCCUCGCUGUUACAGCCGCCUUCUUUCUCUACCGCCUCGUCCAGAUCAAGGCACGCCCUCUCGUCCUCUCUGUCAACAUCCUCCUCGUCAUCAUGGCCACGUUACGCUACAUCUACCUAGCCGUCGACCCCUACAACGUCCGCAUGUACUUCCCGACGUGGUUCAUGCAGGCCCUUGAAGACAUCGCCAUCCCAUGCCUGACGUCGGCUUUCGCCCUCAUCCAAUACGCGCUGUUCCAGCUCUGCAAAGUUCAGCGUCUCAACAAACAGAGCCCGCACGUACUCUGGGGCAUCGUGGUGUUCCACUUCGCUUUCGUCAUCGUCAUCGACAUCCUCAUCAUCUUAGAGGUGGCAGGCUGCUGGCUGCUCACACUCUGUCACGUUCUCACACUCGUCUGGGGACUCGUGCUGUGUAUAACCGUCUCGAUGGUCGCGCUAAAACUCGUCAGCCGGGACAGGGUAGUAAAGCGGACACUCCGGGCGACCACGAACCCAGGCUCGAAAACGGCAACCCGUCAUCGUCGAUUCCGAACAACAUGCGAGUCGAAGAUCCUGCCGUGAAGAAGAAAUUCAAAGACCAUUUGAGGAAACUAAAGAGGAUUUGUGUCUCGGCUAGUAUUACAGGAUUGAUUUGUUUCGCUGUUUCCUUGGUUGGGGUGAUUAUCCCUGCUGCGGGUUACAACUUCAACAAGGUGGGCUGGAUUAUGUACCAAACUAUGCAAAGGUUGGUGGAGAUCGCCUUCGGGUUCAUCCUCCUCUACACCUCAUGGCAAGAAUCGGAUGGACCAUCGCCAUCGGCAUGAUUGAUGACGAAAACCUUCCAUCUCUACUUCCCUUAUCAUCAGCCAAUGUCAAACAAUCGCAUGUACUCGCUGAAAAGGAACCACAGCCCCACGAAAUAAUCAAAUACCUCUACAACGAAUGUCGAUCAGCAAUGGGAAAAACCAUCCGUGAUCCGUGUGAUGAGGAAAAACAAUUUUUAAUGGCGUUUGUGGGUGUUCAACAAUCGCAUGUACUCGCUGAGAAGCAAUCAUAGCAUCACGAAAAAUAUAUAGAGACCAAAUGAAGUGAUGGGGUAGGUUCAUAUCUGAUCCAUGCAUCUACUUCAAAAAGUGCAAAAGCAGGCAGCAAAGCUAACUUUGAUUCAUGGCUCGUCAAAAUGGCCGUAUCACCUCGACGUAUCCGCCAUUGCAUAGUGUUUUAGAUCUUGAUGCCUCCGUCACACCAACUAAACCGACACCAGACAGAACCAAAGAUUACAUUACCACAAAUGGCCUACAAAACGGUCGCUUAUAGAGUCGUUUUGGAGUCGGUUUAGCGGUGUGUCUGAGGUAUGUCUGUCAUAUACAAGCGAAACUCAUUUAGAUGCAUGGCCCAUCAGUGAUAGCCUGCAAACAUGGCUAAACAUGUCACUCCUCUGCUGAAGCAAUAAUUCGUCGCUGCUUUCACGAAGUGACGGUAGUGAAGAAAAAAAUUGCAUUCACUUUGUGUUACAAUUUUCCUCACUACCGUCACUUCGUGAAAACAGCGACGAAUUGUCUGCAUUGGCUCCCGGCCCAUGUCAGCACCCUGCUCAUGGUAUUCUAGAGCUUGAAUACUUGACCAUUCAGUUUAGAGUAGGCUAAUAUUUUACGCGGUCUAUAUUGAAGCUCAAUUUGUUGGGCUCGUCUAUAUAUCAGGGUUAGAAGAGACAAUAAUAGAAUAUGAUAAUUUGAUAUGAUAAAAUUGCUGAAAUAUGAAAAAUUGACAAUUUAUCCUUUGUUCAUAUGAUAAUUGUAAUACAUGUAUAUAUUUCCUUAUUUAUCAUUAAUAGUAAGAAAGUACUUCUUGGUAUUUUAUUUUUGCCAUGUUACUAAUUUGUUUAUAUUUAUAUGGAAUGGAGAAGAAAAUUAAAUAUAGCACUGAGUGUCAAUGAUUAGGGGAUUUGCUAGCCCCUGUAACAUCACGUACAUCAUCUAUUUUAUUACUGGUACACAGCCAACCUAUGUAUAGUAACAAAUCAACAAUUUCAUAUCGUCGCAGCGGUAGGAUUCAUCGACAUGGGGAAGGGGAGGGGCACAAACAGCUGUUGCCCCUUUAGAAAUCCAACCGUGCAAAUGACAAAAAUUGUAUCUAAUAAUAUUUUUGGGCCCUUAAAAAAUCAUGUGACCCAAAAGGCACUGUAAUAGAUAAGUGUGAUAAACCUUUUCAUACAUGUAUAACUUUUUAAUGGUGCCCGCCCCCAUUUCAAUACUUUGCAUCCACCCCUGAUUUAUGUGUGGCCAUGAGCAAGGGAGCCCCUAGACCAUUGUAAAUGGGAAGUUUGAAAACUUUGCCGACCUGUAAGCCUUACAUUUUCAAACAAGUAUCAGAUUUGGUCACUCAAAAGUUUACUGACUAAAAUAGUAUGUACAGUUUAUAGCUACGUAUGUAUAUUUUGUGUUCAACAUUUAUGUAUUUCUCUUUUAUUUUUCAAAUAUCGCAAUAUUCCAGAUAUGAUUUGCUAAACCUUGGUAUGGCAAUGUGAUCCGAAGAAUACAAAGCACAACAAAUUGUGUUGAAGUAUAAAGCAGUAGCGUAGCCCAUUUUUAAAUAUGGGUGGGGGGGGGGGGCAGCGACCCCAUUGUCCGAAGUCUACCAAUGACCAAACGCAAUCUUGGGUCUAAGAUUAUAUUUAGCAAAGGACAUAACCAUCCUUUUUUCACAUCCUGGAAUGAGAUGCUGGUAGUAGUGAUCAUACUCUGUUGCCCAUAAACUGGGAAUAUAAUUUGUUUUCUUACCUCUUUUUUUGAAAAGGUUGUGACAAUAUGAUUUAUUCUUGACUUAUAGAGUUUCUAUCUUCUCAAGUAUCGAUCAAUCUAUGGAGUCAUAGAGAUUGAUGAAUACGAUUCUCAGAAGAUAGAAACUUUAUCUAUCUAUCAAUAGUAAGUCAUAAUUGGAACAAUCAUUUCAUAAAAAGGGAAAAUGUUAGUAUGGGCAACAAUGUAAAACAGGAAUUUAUAGUGUACUUCGAUUUUUCACCACUUCUGGGUCAUCUUUGCUGUAAACAAGGAUGUUUACGAGCAACUUCCCAAUUAGGCUUACGUUUCUUAACCGAUAUCAACUUUCCAUUUUUUUUUUUGGCGGGAUCGGGUGCAGCGAGCGAAUUUAUAUAUUUAACUUUCAACGUAAUAUUACUUAUUAGCAAAGGUAUCUUUCAUCAAUAAUGGGCCAGAGCUUCGUCUUAUUAAAAAGCGUUUGGAUUGAUUAAAAAUAAUUUACGAUUGACACAAAUUGCAACUAGGUAGACCUACUCAAGUGAUAGGAGAUGCGAUUGGUUAUCCAUUGUAAAUUAUAUGUAAUAAAUCGAAACUCUUUAACAAGGCGGGGCCCAGGCUAUACGUACGUAACAGCACAGACUCUACGCUUUUGUAUAAAUUCAAUUCACCGUGUAACUAGGCUGAGGUGGAUAAUUGACUAAUUAAUCUGGGUGCCGCAACGCAUCAAUAUAGAGAAAAUGAUGUUGACAAUCCCAAAUCCCAAUCUAAUUACAUUCAUGCCUUGACGUACGAGUACUGAAAUUCAUUGACCCGCUUUUCACCCGCUUUUUUACCAGUCACUUUUAAUACGUGAUAUUUAUUUCCUGUUCGAGAUAUUUAUUAAAUAGAUGUUCUUAAAAGAAUAA